AGUAAGAUCGUAUUUGACUUGACAAUGAAUAAUAAUAAAUAAGUAUGUGUUUAUCAAAUUUAUGUGUACGUUGUGUAGGAAACCGUGUGAAUGGGACGAGCCAUCUUGCCCACCUAUGGUAUACUGUCCCACAGACUUCUGUUCACCUUAUUGCGGUCCUGUCAAACCAUGCAAGUCCUUCGACUUUCGAGCGAGUAUAAUGUACAGAUGCGAAUGCAUCAAGAGGAACGGUUUACAGGACAGAUGCAUGAUGUGGGAUUGCAUGGGUAGACCAGAGUGUAUGACAAAGCUGUAUCCAAUUUGCGGGCCAGGUCGUGCUGCAUUAUUGAAACUGACCGAUUUGGGCGACAUAGAGAUUGCCCUUAGAAAAUUCUACUGCGCGGAUCAAGCCAAGGAGGCGGCUCUGGCUGCGUACUGUAGAUUAGCCUGCGACAAAGCUCGCCAACAACAGAUUCUAUCGUGUAAUAAAAGUACUGAGGCUCUUUGCGCUUCCACGAGGCCCACUGCAACAAACUGCAUGUCAAACAUCGGAAAUUAUUUAAACAAUGAUGAGCCAGCGUGCCUCGACGAUUCUUCCUAUCUGUUUUGCACGCCGUCGCCAUGUGUAUUGCAAUCUUGUCAAAUAUGUCCGCCUUGCAAAUUAGAAGAACCACCUCUUCCUGUUAUGCAGUUCUAUUAAUCUAUUUUUGUCUGCCUACCCAACUCGCCUAUUUUCUGUACUUUACUGUUUGGUAACUUAAUUCUUAAGAUUUUUAUCGUUACUUAUCCUAUUAUCUCUUCUGGAAUUUGUUAUAUUU